GGCAUGGAGGGGCUUUGCAUCUUUCGCUGACCCGCUCCCUCAGAUUUGUAAUUGAACCACUAGCUUCUGUAGCAUUUUAUAAAAAUUGCUUGUCCUAGUCGAGUGACCUUUUAAUUGUUUUCAGCUAUUUUGUAAGGAAUAUUUCAAUGUCAGUAUUUUUAAAACUCUUUUCUGGGCAACUUCUUUUUUGGUUUACUUAUUUUUAUACAGUUUCGUACCGUUGCACUGAACCAUGAUAGUCUUCUGUUUUAAGGCUAUUAUUUAAAUAAGUGAAGGUUAGGCAGCAUUUUUCUUAAGCUUGAAUGUUAACCAUGCCAGGGGGAAACGGAGAUGGUUCCUUUGUUAGGCGGAGGUCAGCCAGUGUGGGUCCUGUCAGCGUGGAAAGACAUCCAGUGAGAGAAGUGGAUCAGGAUGAAGACUGUGACGAGGAAUUCCACGACGGAGUCCCUUUCUAUAUAAACCGAGGGGGGCUCCCUGUCAAUGAGGCCACCUGGGACAGGAUGUGGAAGCACGUCGCUAAGAUCCACCCCGAAGGAGAGAAGAUGGUGCAAAGAAUUCGAGGCAUGCCUUACCUACCCAAGAUUCCGAUACCAUGUGUGCCUACAUUUCAGCUGUCCACGCUUGUCCCUGACCGCCUGGAAGCCAUACAGAGAUACACCAGGGAAUUGCAGUACAAUCACACUGGGACCCAGUUCUUUGAGAUUAAGAAGAAUCGACCUCUAACUGGCCUAAUGGAUCUUGCACGGGAAAUGAUUCGAGAAUCUCUGCCAAUAAAGUGCUUGGAAGCUGUGAUACUCGGGAUUUACCUCACCAACAGUAUGCCGGACGUAGAGAGGUUCCCCAUCAGUUUCAAAACGCAGUUCUCAGGGAAUUACUUCCGUCACAUAGUGCUGGGGAUCCACUAUGCCGGCCGCUUCGGCACGCUGGGCAUGAGCCGGCGUGAGGAGCUCAUGUUCAAGCCUCCUGUGAGCCGGACCUUGCUCGACCUGGUGCUGGAGUUCGAGGAGUCCUACAGAAGGUGCUGGCACACGCUGAAGAAAGUGAAGAUUGGGCAGUACGUGUCCCACGACCCACACAGCGUGGAGCAGAUAGAGUGGCAGCACUCCGUGAUCGAUGUGGAGAAACUGAGCCGUGAGCAGCUACGCAGGGAGCUGGAGCGUCACACCCGCGACAUGCGGCUGAAGGUUGUGAAGGGGGCAACUGUGCCCUCGUCUCCAACCCGUGAGAGGAAGAAGGACACCUCAUCGCCCCAGCGCAGCCAGUCAAGCCCUCAUCGCAGGAAUGGCCGCAGCGAGAGACGGUCUUCAGGAGAGAAAAAGUCCACAGAACAGAAGAACCUCAAUGAUGUGGGUUAUCAGAUUCGUGUGUGAGCGCCCUGCUGUGGGAAACCGGUGUGGCCGGACUCUGCAGUGAUUUCCACCAUCUCGUGGAAGGCACCUUGUGUGCACGGAACUUCAGUGGACAUGAGCAAAGGAUGCCGUACAGUAUUUCAUAUUAGCAUUUAACAGUAUUGCAUCAAUUGUAACUUUUUUAGAUUUUUAUUUUAUUUUCUAACUUUCAGAGAAAUGCUGUACAGUCAAAGGACAGUCAGUGUGAUGGAAACUCUUCAGUAAGGGUGUGAGUCAUGGGAUGACAAUUUUUGUUGGAAGUCAUCCCAUUUCUGUGAGAGCAUUUGAGAUCCUCACUUGGCCAGUGCUGAUAUUGUAGCCUCUCCAGCAGGUCCAGGGAAUGCUGAGUCUUACACAGGCUAGGAAGGUCCCGAACUCGUACACUGCUUUAGCUGAUUGGAAUUGGGGCAUUGUCGGUAUGCUAUGAUUACAAUUAAGGUUUGAUUUCAGUGAUCACUGUCCAGUGAAGGUUUGGUUGAAGUCAAUAUCCAGCUGUAAUGUUCAGUGGAAAAUCCAUUAGAGAAUCAAUGCAGGAAGCUUACAUAAAACACUGCAGCACAGUACAGGGCCUUUGGCCCACAGUGUUGUGCUGACCUUUUAAUGUAAAGACCCUUUAAUGACCUUACCCUUUAAGGUUGACCUUGCCCUCUACUACCACACGGCCCUCCAUUUAUCUAUGAUCCAUGUGCCUAUCUAAGAGUUUCUUAAAUGUCCCUAAUGUAUCUGCCUCUACCACAACCCACGGGAGUGGGUUCCAUGCACCCAUCACUCCCUCUUUUUUUAAAAAGAAACACCUACCUCUGACAUUUUCCACCUAUACAUGCUCCAAUCACUUCAAAGUUAUGUCCCCUGGUUUGCAGGGGGACGUUUGAACUAUAGCCACUGGUGGGUGCCCACACAAACUAUGUUUGUGUACAACACAUUAUUCCUGUGUUUAAAUCAGCAUUGAAACAAGACGGAUGCCUGAAAUUCGCAUUGCCCCGCCGAGCCUGUCAUGGGUGGACAGGUACCAGUACUUGCACAAUGAGGUGACCUCACUGCCUGCAAUCUUACUCCCAUGACUGUCCAUAUUACAGGCAAUAUUUCAGAAGACAUCUUUAUUCCCAAUCCCAAUUUAACUUGAGAAACUGCGCUGCAUUUCUUUUGAGAAAUUUAUAUUUAAUUUGGGUAUAUUUAAAGCAGAUGUUGAUAGUUCGCUGAUUUAGUGAGAGCAUCAAAGGUUACAGGGAGAAUGGGGUUGGGAGGGAAAAUAAAUCAUCCUUGAUGAAAUGGUGGAGCAGACUCUGGGCGUAAUUCUGCUCUUGUGUCUUAUGGUCUAAAUUAGUUUGUUUCUUGUUGUCAUGCACUAAGUAAGGCAACCAGGGAAUCUGGAAGGAUUAAGUUUCCCAAUAUGUCAGAGGAUCUGUGUAAAGAUUUGUCCUUGUCUCCAGGGAUGAGUACAGUUUAAAGGGAAAUAGAGCCCCCUUUCAUUCGAUAUUCUGUAAUUAGUCAUAGAGCUCUGCAGCACAGAAACAGGCCCUUCGGCCCAUCUUGUCCAUGUUCAACUAUUAAUCUGUUUGGUCCCAUCGACCUGCAUGCAGACCAUAGCCCUUCAUACCCGAAACAUCCAAACUUCCCUUAAACGUUGACAUCAAACCUGCAUCCACGACUUCUGUUGGCAGCUUGUUCCACACUGUUACUGCCCAUUAAAGUGAAGAUGUUCCUCCUCGUGUUCCCCUACUGCAGCUCCCUUCCCAAGUGUGGCUAAAGGUUGGUCAGCUUACUGACGUGCAAGAGAUUUGCUGGUAAUGCUCACCGUUCCUUUUGUCCCAUUACCUUUCCUCUUUGGGGCGGGGGGGGGAAUCGUAGAGUUGUACAACGUGUACACAGGCCCUUUGGCCCAUCUGGUUCAUGCUGACCACAAUAUCCUCCCUGCCAGUCCCAGCUGCUUGCAUUUGGCAACUGCAAGCCCCUUCCCUGCAUGUACCUAUCCACCUCUUAAAUGCAGUGCUUGUAUCCACCUGGGCCACUUCCUGUGACAGCUCAUUCUCGGUACUCUCUACCCACUGUGUACAGAAGUUACCUCUCAGGGUAACACACAAAAUGCUGGAAGAUCUCUUCAGGUCAAGCAGCAUCUAUAGAGAGGAAUAAUAAGCCACUUCAUCAGAAUCACGGUUAUGAGCUUGGGCAUGGGUCAUGAAAUUUGUUUGUUUUGCCGCAGUAAUACAGUGCAAUACUUAAUUUAAAAAAUACUAAAUUACAAUAAAAAAUGUGAGUAUAAAAGAAUGAAAUUAAAUCAGUAGUUCAAAAAGAGAAAAAUGGUGAGGUAACACACACGAGAUGCUGGAGGAACUCAACGGCUGAGGCAGCAUCCGUGGAAAUGAAUAAACAGUCGACGUUUCGUGCCGAGACCAUUCUUCAGGACCAAAAAGAAAGGAGGAAAACACCGAAUAAAAAGGUGGGGAGAGGGGUAGGAGGAUAGACAGAAUGCGAUGGGUGAAGCCAGGUUGGAUGGAAAGAUAAAGGGCUGGAGAAGGAAUCUGAUGGGAGAGGAGAGUGGACCAAAGGAGAGAGGGAAGGAGGAGGGGAUGCAGGGAAGAUGAUAGGCAGGUGAGGAAGAGGGGUUAGAGGUCAGAGUGGAGAAUGAGAGAGGGAGAUGUGUUUUUUUUUACUGGAAGGAGAAAUCGAUAUUUGUAUUAUCAGAUUCGAGCUACCCAGAGAGAGUAUAAGAUGUUGCUACUCCACCCUGGGGGUGGCCUCAUCUUGGCACAAGAGGAGGCCAUCAACCGACCUGUCGGAAUGGGAAUUCUAUUAAACGGUUUGUCUGCUGGGAAGUUCCACUUUUGGCAGAUGGAGCAGAGGCGUUCAAUGGAGCGGUCUCUCAAUUUAGAACAGGUCUCAUCAAUGACCUCAGCAUAUUCACAGAUGAAGUGUGGCCUCACUUGGAAGGAAUGUUCGGGGCCCUGAAUGGAGGUAAGUGAGCAGGUGUGACAUUUAGGCCACUUGCAGGGAUAAGUACCAGGAGGGGCAAAUGGACAAGGGAAUCAAGGAGGGAGCCUGCAGAAAUCAUAACUAAGGAGAUAAAGUUGUUUAGUGGUUGGAUCCCUUUGGAGGUGGCAACAGUUGCAGUGGAUGAUAUGUUGGAUGUGGAAGCUGAUGGUUAAGGACCACCAGGCAGGAUGGGUAGGUAAGGAGAAGAGAAACUCUGUCACUGUUACGGCAGCAAGAAGAUGAGGUGUGCGCGGGCAUACAGGAAAUGGAGAAGAUGCAGGUGAAAGCAGCAUCGAUAUUGGAGGAAGAGAAACCCUAUUCCUCAAAGAAAGAGGACAUCUUUGAUGUCCUGGAAAGGAAAGCUGUAUCCAAGGAACAGAUGCAGCAGAGCCGAAGGGUCUGAGAAAAGGGGAUUUUUACAGGAGAUUGGGUGGUAUGAAGUAUAGUCAAGAUAGCCAUGGGAAUCAGUAGGUUUAUAAAGAUGUCAGCUGAUAGUUUGUCUCCAGAGAUGAAAACGAGGAGGGAGGUGCCAGAAAUGGCCAAAGUAAAUUUAAGGGCAGGGUGCAAGUUAGAAGCAAAAUUGAUGAAAUUGACAAGCUCAGCAUGGGUGCACGAAGCAGUGCAGCGGAGGAAGAACUGGGGAGCAUUACUGGGGAAGACUUGGAACAUGGACUGUUCUACGUAGCCAUCAAAGAGGCAGACAUAACUGGGGACCAUUCUGGUGCCCAAGGCAACCCCUCAAGACUGGAGAAAGUAGAAGGUGCUGAGGGAAAAAUUAUUGAUGGUGAAGACCAGGUCUGCCAGAUGGCGGAGGGUGGUGGUGGAGGGGAACUGGUUGUUUUUUUUUAUUUGGGGGUGGGAGAGUGACAAGGUUUGAGGCCUUGAUGGGGGACAGAAGUGUACAGUCAAAUCAAGUCAAGCUUAUUGUCAUUUAACUAUACAGAUGUAUACCGCCAAAGGAGACGAUGUUUCUCUGGACCAAGGUGUAAAGCACAGUAGUAGACAUAACACACCAUAACUUAGGAAAGGAAAACUAAAUUUACAAAUUAAUUAUGCAUAGAUAAACAGUGAAUAAAUUAAAUGUUGUAGGGUACAGUACAAAUUAUCUAGUGGCACUUUGAAUGCGAUGUGGCAAGAAGUUUAGAAGCCUAAUGGCUUGAGGGAAGAAGUUGUUUCCCAUCCUGACCGUUCCUGUCUUUAUGCAUUGGAGUCUCCUGCCUGGUGGUAGAAUUUCGGAGGAUGCUGGAUGGAUGGGUGGGAUCCUUCAAGGCCCUGUGUAUGCAGCGCUCAUAGAUGUCCCUGAUGUAUGGUAGGGAGACUCCUGUGAUCCUCUCAGACAUUCUCAUAGUCCUUUGUAGGGACUUCUGGUCUGAUGCUCGACUACUGUCCCACCAGAUGGAGAUGCAGCUCGUCUGGAUGCUCUCAGUGGUGCUCUCAGUUCAGCUAAGAUGGGGUGAGUGUGGGGGAAGUCUUGCUUGCCUCAGUCUCCUGCACCGCCUUAUUCAGGAAGGUGAAAUUAACCAUGGUGUGACCUCCCAGGAACUUGGUGUACUUAACUCUCUCUAUGGAGACACCAUGUAUACAUGGGGGAUGGUUCAUCUGCACCUUCCGAAAGUCCACAGUCAUUUUCUUGGUCGUCUCCACGUACAGCCUUGGGUUGUCGUUCUCACACCAGCUACUCCACUUCCUCUCUGUACUCCGCCUCACCAUUGUUGAUGAGACCGAUCACUUGCGUCAUUCGCAAACUUGAUGGCACAGUUUCAGCUGAAUCAUGUGACGCAGCCAUGUGUAAGCAGCAGCGGACUGAGCACACAGCCCUGGAGAGCACCGGUGCCUCGACGUAAUGGGACGAGAGACGUUGCUGCCCACACAGACUGACUGUGGACUUUCUGUUAAGAAACACAGGAUCCAAUUACAGGGGGAGGAGUUGAGACUCAGCAAAGACUGUUUCCCCACCAGUUUCUGGGGUAUGAUGAAGUCUAUAAACAGCAACCUGGCACGUGAGACCCAUUUUCCAGGUGGGUCAAAACAGAGUGGAAGGCAGAGUUUAUGGUAUUGUCAGUGGAUCAAUUUAAGUGACAAGCAAACUGGAAAAGGUCCAAUGUAGCAGGGAGAAAGGCUUUAAUGUGCUCCAUGACUCAAAGCAUUUCAUAAUGGUUGAUGUUAAUGGCGCAGGACCAAUGGUCAUUUAGGCAGGAGGUGCCACCUUUGGCACUAGGAUGAUGGUUGCUGCCUUGAAAACCAAGAGGACAAUGGAUUGUUCUAGAGAGAUGUUGAAUAUAUCUGUCAGCUCCUCAGCUGGGCUACACGGUUUGUCAGAACCCGACCUGGAAAUUAUCAGGCCCCACAGCUUUGUGUGGGUUGACCCUGGCCAGGAUCGUCUUGACAUCAGCUUCAGCCAGACAAAGUGUCUGCUCCCCUGUGGGGAGGGAUGCCAUCCUCACCAGCAUCAAAAUGGGCGUAAAAGCCAUUCAGCCUGUCGGGGAAUGAGAUGUCAUGGUUCCCUGCCACAUGCACCUCGUGUCUCUGGUAUAACUUACUGCCCGUUAGUCACUAGCAUUUAGGGCAGCAGUGAAAGUUUUCCAUCUCAGAUGCAAACAGUUUGUGAACCCUUCGCAGUUACCUCGUUUUCUGCAUUAAUUACUCAUAAAAUGUGGUCUGAUCUUCAUCUAAGUCACAAUGAUAGACAAACACAAUCUGCCUAAACUACUGGUGGCAUCCGUUAGUCUCACAAGACCAUGAAUCUGCGCCUGGAAAGUCUUGCUUCAGUCUGUGCUAGAGCAGCAUCUGUUGUGGCUGUAGAGGCCCACAUGGGAGUGACAGUCUCGGCUGCAGCGACUGCACUUGAAGGCGCUGUCCUCCAGUGUUGUCUUGGUGCUGUUUUCUCAGCGAGUGUGCUUUUCUUCAGCAGCAAGCUUCAGCCCAGUCCUGACAAAGGGUCUCGGCCUGAAACGUCGACUGCGCCUCUUCCUAUAGAUGCUGCUUGGCCUGCUGCGUUCACCAGCAACUUUGAUGUAUGAAGCUUCAGCUUCUCUUCUCUUUUUAGACCUCUGUGUAGUUCUAGCCUCCAGCGAGAGCGAUUGCUUGGGAUGUCCUCCCACCUCUCAACGUUCAUAUUAAGUGACUUCAUGUCUCUCUUGCUGGAGGCCAGUUCCCUGUACAGAAGGUCUUUCGGGAUCCUCCUGUCUGACAUGCGGUGUGCGUGGCCCGGCCAGCGGAGACAGCAUUGUUGCAGCAGGGUGAAGAAGCUGGGUAUCUGAGUGUGGGCCAGGACCUCACUGUUGGUGACUUGCAAACAAACGCAAACAAUUGUACUUCUCAUGUCUUUAUUGAACACAUUGUUUAAUCAUUCAGUCCAGGCUGGAAAACAUAGGUGAAACCUUGUAUUUAAUAACUGAUUGAACUUCCUUUAGCAGCAGUAACCUCCCCCAAACGUUUCCUAUAUCUGCUGAUCAGACUUGCAGAACAGCAAAGGGAAAUUUCAGACCAUUCCUCCAUACAAGGCUAUUACAGUGCAUCAAUAUUUCUGGGAUGCUUUGCAUGAACAGACCUCUUCAGGUCAUGCCACAGCCUCUCAAUUGGAUUAAGGUUUGGACUCUGACUUGGCCAUUCCAAAACAUGAGUUUUCUUCUGUGAACAGUCCAUAUUUCACAGCCAUAAAGGAGACAGCUAACAAUGACAAUGGUGUACAUUUUCACUUUUGUGGAUAGUGGAGUGUUUUAUGCUGGUUCAACAUGCGUGACUGGCUUUCCAAAUCCUGGCAUUGAUUUCCCUGUCCAGGGAGCUAUCACCAGAGACAUUGCUGCUGGGGUCCUUGAACUCGUUUACCAUAUUCAAUAGUUCCAUUUAAUAUCAGAGAUAUCCUGAAUUCUUGUUCUUCACAGCCACGAAACAGAAGGCUGUCCCAAAGAAUGAGCGACAGUAAAAAUAUUAGUCCCAAACCUCCCUACUCCCCCUCCCAUGCACAAGCAGCAAAGCAACGACCCUCUCCCACCCCCACCCACAAAUAAACCAUUAGCACCCUCCACCCACCAAGCAAUAGCAAAGCCCCCAAGAAUGACCAUAAUCUGUGGUACAACAAAAACUAAUCAUUCAUCCGACAAUUCAACAUGCCGCAGGCUUGCUCUUCCUGAUAAAGGGAAAUGGGUUCAGAGUGAGAGGGGAGACAUAACAAAACAACUAGCUGGUGUGUGGUGAUAAAUUCUGUUGCAUCGCUUUUCUCCCCCAAGUUCUCCAACUCGAAUCGGCAAUAAGUUCCUCCACACAGAGAGAGAAGAGCACAAGCGAUUCGCCAAGUAGAGCCUCCGACAGCUGAUCUGCUGCACCUGCGGUUCCAGUUUCUCCCUCAACGUUUCAGUUGGCAGUACCGGCAUGGAAUCAGCUUGUCUAGAGUCGUGAGGCCUUGGUACCCGAAGGCACAUUCAUCUUUGAGGCCACGUCCUUGGGAUUUUGAAAAGCAGCUGGGGUGAGUCCCCGUGAGGGGGUUCCACCAACACAAAGAACCGAAGUCCGAGUGUAACUCCAUGUCAGGGUUUUCAACAGAGCCGUACCUACCCUGAAAAGGAAAAAGAGACAUCAAAGGUAAAGAUUAAACUGUUUCCACAGAUGAGCUCGAAGAAGUCGCUGUUAAACGCCGUUGUAGCUCUGACCACCCACAUCAAUUUUGUUCACUCAGUGGUGGUGGAAGGACAGGCAACAGCAGAUCAAGGAGCAGAGUGAAAUAGGACUUCUGUCAUUACUAGGAUGAUGCUAAGGCCAAAGAGAUGAGGGGCUUCUGCAAAGUUAUUAACAAUAAAUUGGAGAUCAGACUCUGUGGGUGGGGGGGGGGAGAGUGCCAUUAGGGCACAGUCAUCAGUAUAAAGCUCUGAGGACAAGCUCGAUUGUCUUUGACUUGGCAUUCAGACGAUGCAGGUCAGAGUGAUCCAUACUUCAGAUACACUCCCUGGUUAGUGUUUCUGACGGCACGGUUCAGCACACGCAUAGGUUAAAACGUACAGCGGUUAUCAGACACCCCUGUUUCACAUUGUUUGAAAAUGUUGACUGGCUCUGAUGCUUCUGUUUGAAAGGACGAGGCCAGUCACGUUAUGAAAGUGAUGAAUGAGAUUGAUAAAUCUGGGGCCGUCCCAGCUCUGAUAAUAUAGACCACAGAAUUUCUCUGUUGACUGUAUCGAAUGCUUUGGUUAGAUCUAUGAAAAUAACAUACAGGUUCAAAUUUUGUUUUGUGCACUUUCCCUAAACCUGGCGAACAGUGUCCCAAGUGAAAACCACAGUGUCUCAGGAGGUUCUCUUCUGAUAUGUUAGUGAUUAGACAGAUGAGAAAUAUGGACCUGAACCUCUGGCAAUGGUCAAGAAGGAGUUUCCUUGGUAGUUACCGGAGUCAGCUUUUGCUUCCUUCAUUUUUGAAGAGCAGGAUGAUUGUGGCAUCCUGGAAGUCUUUAGGCAUGACUGCUACUUCCCAGAUGCAUGCAAGAGCUGUGGAAAGUUUAAUUUGCAACUGGACUUGCUGACUUGAAGAUCUCAGUGGGGAUUCUGCCCUGCCCAGGGGAUUUUUGAGCAAUGGCUUUCUUGACUUCUUCCAACAGAGAAGUUCAAGGGUAUUUUCUGCAGUAUCUAGCCUACAGUAGAUGGCUUGUUGAGCAAGCUGAUGAAGUGUUCCCUCUUCCUGGUGUUGAUGCUCCUCUUCUCCAUGAGCAAGGUUGUGCAGUCUGAUGACAGGAGAGGCAUGACUCUUGGUGUAUGUGGUCUGCAGAUUGCCUUAAUACACUAAAGAACAAUUGGUGUCAGCAUAGUGCUGGACCUCUUGCUGCCUUCACUCAUUCUGUAAGAGUCAGUAGACUGAUGAAAGAUAUCAGUGGACAGUCUCCCUGCAGAGAUGGACGGAGAAAUUGAGAAAGGAGAGAGAGGUGUCAGAAAUGGACCGAAUGAAUUUAAAGGUAGGGUGGAGUUGCAGGCAAAGAUGAUGAAAUUGACCAGCUCAGCAUAGGUAUAUGAAGCAGCACUAAUGCAGUAAUCAAUGUAGCGCGGAAAGGAUUGGGGAGCGUUACCUGGGAAUGCUUUGAACAUGGACUGUUCCACAUAGCCAGUGAAAAGGCAGGCAUAACCAAAGCCUAUGCAGAUACCCAUGACUACAACUUGAGUUUGGAGAAAGUGGGAGGAGUCGAAAGAGAAACUAAGGGUGAGGGGACUAAUUCUUCAGACUGAGGAGAGUAGUGGGGGUGGGGAAAAGUGGUAGAGUUUAUUUUCCAAAAAAAAACAGAACUUUUAAGGCCACCUUUGAUGGGGGAUUGGACAUUCAUGGUGAAAGUAGGCUGAUCAGAGCCAGGAAAUUGCAAGUUGUUGAGGAAAUUGAGAGCAUGUGUAGUGUCACAGAUGUAGGUGGGAAGGGACUGAUGAAGGGGGAUAAAAUUGAGUCGUUGUAUGCAGACACAAUGUGGGGCAGGUGCUGGCAGAAACAGUGAAUGCACCCAAACAGCCAGGUUUGUGGAUCUUAGGUAGGAGGUAGAAAUGAGCAGUGCAGGGUAAGAGAACUUAGGAGGCAAGGAGCUCUCCAGAGCUGAUGAGGUUGGUGAUGGUGCGGGAGACAAUGGUCCUGAGUGGGGUCCUUUACAAGGGGUAAGUAAGAGGCAGUGUCUGAGAAUUGCCGCCCAGCCUUACCGAGGUAGGGGGUCAGUCCACCACACUACAACAGCACCCCCUUUUGAGUGCAAGUGCACCCCAUUCUAAAUGGAAAUAAGAUGGCUCAUGUAGGUCUCUCCCUGCCGCUGCAGGAGCCAAGUGGACUCCUCUCCCAGGAUGAUAGGGGUUUCCUGCUAAAAACUUGCCACAUAUCUCCCAUUCCUAAGGACUGAUAAAUCAUUAAAGCUGCGGAGAGAACCCCUGCUGGCAUGCAUGUUAAGGCUGGAAGGAAGUUUGGUUGAUGGCCGGAUUGGGCAAAAUGCUUGCAGAUGUUCCAAAUGAGAAGCCAUCAUCAUUGCGCAGUUGAGGGUGUUGUCUCCUCAGAAUGCUGGCUUACAUACUUCUCCAGGGUCCGAAUGGAUAUUGAUUCAUGAUCUGGUUGACUGGUACAAAACAGUGAACAUUUUAGCAGUAGAAGAUUGGCUAGUUUUCAAGUGUUUGCUUUGCUGUCCAGAUCCUGAAAUUGCUUGUGAUACGUUGAUUAUUGACGUUGCUGUUUCUCUCGUUGAUGGAUCCUUCUGUAAAAAACCAUGCUUUGAGAAGUUCUUGUUCUUGCUUGAGUUGAGAAGCUGGCUGUUGUCCAGUUGAAAUUCAUAUUAAGGCUUGCAGUGGUAAACUUCAUGUCAGGAGCGCACUCUGCCUCUGAACCAGUACCUUCCCAGUGAGAGCAGAGCUGCUCUUACCCCUACAGUCCCCCCCAAAAAAAAGUGAGAAUGCUCUUUUCCCUCUUGGUUCAAGUGGCACCAGAGCCACCUUGUGUCCCACUGUCCCCUGAUGUACUCACCAAGUCAUCCACAAAAGCUUUAAGCUGUCGCCUAUCAUUCCCAGACACAACCUUCUCCUUCUACUUCCAUCUGAGGAUGGCAUAAAGAUCUCAACAGCCUUGGCGUACUUGGAGGCCAGUUUCAGACUCUGUUUCACACUGUCAGAGAUGAGAAUAAAGUACUGUGCAAAUGUCAUACACAUAAAAAAAAUUCUGUAAAGCAAAGAUGUUUUCCAAAAUGAAAUGUAAAGUUUCUAAAUCUCAAAAAAUUACUAUAAAGAGCAGUAGUUGUAGAAUGCACCUUCUGGUGCUACUUGGACAUGUCUUCAGUGAUGAACCCGGGGUCUUAAGGUGUUUUGGGUCUUUAAUCAGCAGACACCCUCACCUGUUCGACCCAUCUGGGGGUGAUCAGCCCCCGACUUGUGUCCAAGCGGCACACUAAUCCAUGGAUCCCCCCUCCGGAUCCACAGCCACCGCGAGGCCUUUUCAGCAGCCUCCAGAAUGUUCCUAGUGGCUCUUCUGCACUGCAAUCCUUUAACUCCAAGGAGUUUUAGAGUCCGCUGUAAUGAAUGGCCAGCAACACCCCAGCACCCAACUUCGAGUGGCUCACAGCGAGCUCUCCAGCCAUUGUUCCAGCAUUCUGUAACAAGAUCUGUGUAUCUAGCCCUCUUGUGCUUGUUGGCCUCUUCAGUCCGGUCUUCCCAGGGGACAGUUAAGUUCCAGCAGGACCACUUGCUUUGUAGACUCUGAUAUUAACACCAUGUCCGGGCAGAGCGGAGUGGCUGCGAUGUUCUCUGGGAACUUGCGCUGCCUCCCUAUGUCAACGGUGAUCAACCCGAUGUAAUGAAACAAGUACCACAGCUGAUUUUUUUCCACCUUUAUUCGUAGCAAGCUACGAGAGAGAACCCACCUUCUGCACUCUCACAGGGUCAGCCACAGAGUUCUCUCUGCUGAAGCACAGAGAGAGUUUUUAUUACCAUCUUUGUCAUGUAUGCAGAAAACAAUUCUUUAGCUACCGCUCACAGUCACAUGCCCAGCACCAGUGAUAGUCCGAGACAAAGGCCUCUGGAUCACCUCAAACAGAAGUAUAAAGUUCAGACACCUGGAACAAUGUGCGCGAUUAGAUAGUUGAGAACAAAGUGUAAUUAAAUUACUAUGUCCUGCAAGUGAGACAAGGAAACCAGUAGCUUAAUGGCUAAUUUCUUACAGGUCAGCAGGACAAAAUUAACUCUUUAUCAUCUCACCUAGGUCGACUCGGAGCUGCCAGUCUCGUGCAGUGGCAAGAAGCCCUCCUGAGGAGCUAGGACUAUGUUGAGCCUUCUGCCCCGCUCUAAUAAAAGUGAUUAGACCUUAGGACUUGGUCAUGGCGCCAGCGGUAUCACCCUUCCCCCAAUGCCUUCUGGCAGCAACUUAGGAUAUGCUCCAAGGUGCCUCUCUUCUGGCACAGUAGGCAUGCUGGAGUGUUUGCCAUGCCCCACCUGUGUAGGUUGGCCAGGCUUAGGAGAACGUCAUAGACUGAUUGGAUGAGAAACUUGAUGUGCAAUGGUUCAGCUCUCCAGCGCUCUGUCCAGGUGAACUUGCGAGGUUCCGCAUGCUCCCAUCUAGUUCAUGCACCUUGUUUGUACAUGUCAGCCAUCUUGCUGUAUCGUUCUUCCUCUAUUUCUGCUCGUAUCUUGUCCUGAAUCAGUUGACGCUUCUCCUUCCCAUGGGUUUUGUCGUAGCAUGGUUUGGGAAAACAGCCCAGUCCUGCCCACCACAGUGCCCACCAAAAUGUUGUGCCACAGCCGUGCCUCCGCUCUGUCGACAGCUUCCUGUGCCUGCCACUUCCGGUCUUUACACGGAUUCCUGCGGCAGCGACUUUAACAUCAGAGGAGUCUCGGUACAUCAUCACCUCCCUGGUUCGAGUGACUUUGAAUUCCUCUGACGGGCCGCUGAUGGGGAGCUGCAGCUUGGUGGAAUGCCCAUACAGGGCAAUGCUGCUUAAGGUCCGGGGGAACCCCAGCCACCUCCGGAGAAACUGACUGAUUGUCUUCUCUGGAGCCUCCACUGUUGACAUUGGCACCUCGUCGACCAGAAGGGGCCAGAGUAUCCUUGUUAGUACAUCCAGGAUUUGAAUUUUCCUGGAAGCCCCAAUUUGUCAACCACGGUGAGCCAGGUUAUCAAGUCACUCCUGGUUUGUUGAAGUGUGGCUGUGUCCUUCAGGGAACUGUCAAGAUCCAGCCUAGACACUUGACUGGUUUUUCUGUCACCGUUGGAAUCUGGAUCCCUUCCAGGGUAAAGCAGAACCGGUCGGCCACUCUCCCCUUCUUCAGGACCAGAGACCUGGACUUGGCUGGUUUAAAGCUCAUCCUUGCUCAUGAGAUGAGCUGUUCCAGCCCUUAAAGGAGGCAUCUGCACCCAGGGAUGGAUGUUGCCGUCACCGUAAAGUUACUAAAUAUCAAAAAAUUACUAUAAAGAGCAGUCAACAGUUUUAAAAAAAAAAGCAACUAAGCAAGCAAGUUUAUUUGUUUUCAAAUAAGGCAGUUCAAAGUGCUUUACAUAGAAAAAGAUAAAUAUCAAAUUUCAGACAAUAUACAAGAGAAAAAUCACACAACAGAUGGACGUGAUAAAUAGAAGUUACAGUGCAGGAGAUUCUAAUUCAAAGCUACAGCAAAGAAACAGAUUAAUCCUCAAUUGAAAAGCUUAUGUACGGGGCCUCUUUUUUUUGUAUGUUCAAUUUAAAAUGGCUUCUUUGUUAUGUUAAAUGCUGAGAAAGUCUUUAGCUAGACAUUUGCUUGGGUUAAUACAGACAGCAGGUGCUAUUAGCCAAUGGGUGUUCAUGUAUCGUUCUUCGGGUGAUAAUGCUGUCUCAUAUGACUGCGGACGGGGAGUUGGAGGAGAGACGGGGAGGACAGCGGACAGGGUUUUUGACGGGGAGUCAGAGGAGAGACGGGGAGGACGGUGGACGGGGUUUUUGGGGGGAGUUGGAGGAGAGACGGGGAGGACGGCGGACGUGCCGGGGUUUUUGGCGGGGAGUUGGAGGAGAGACAGGGAGGACGGUGGACGUGCGGGAAGGCUCCGGUCAAUCACUUCGGGUGGUCCCGAGCCGUGAGUCGACAGGAUCCGGGUGGUCAUCAGGAAUCAAUUGAGCUCCAACGGUUGUGCACGAAGAACUUAGACUUUGAUAAGUCUGGCGCUUUUUUUCCCAUUACUUCCUUUUCUGUAUUGAAUUUAUAUUAAUGUCAUAGACUUAGUAAUACAAUAUCUAUAAAGUGUACUUGGUAAAACAUACUGUGUGUGCUGGCUGAUGAUUGAUGUUUGGGAUUAAUUCGGAUGGUAGUGGUACAGCCACCGACCCAGCGGGAAGCAUUCAGGCCGGUGCCGGGUGGGAUUUCCCCUAGACGUAUACAAGCCAAUAUAGCUGAGUGUUACACUUAAAGUUGGGGCAGACUUCAGGUCCUCUGGAAGGUUAUUCCAGAUGUGUGAAGCAUGGUAUGUAAAAGCUGCUUCACCAUGUUUAGUUUUGACCCUGGGGACAGCAGACAGACAACUGAGAGCUCGAGAAGGUUCAUGAUGCAGCAAGAGAUCAGAGUUGUAUUUUGGCCCUAGAGCGUUCAGUGCUUUAUAAACCAGUAGUAAUAUUUCAAAGUCAAUCCUCUGAUGGACAGCAAACCAAUGUAGCAAUCUGAGAACUGGAGUAAUAUGCUCUACUUUCUUGGUCUUAGUGAGGACUCUAGCAGCAGCGUUCUGAAUGAGCUGCAGCUGUCUGAGGAUUUUCUUUUCUGUGAAAACACCGUUAUAGUAGUCAAGCCUACAAAAAAUAAAUGCAUGGAUGAGUUGUUUUAGAUUUUGCACUAAAUCAAAUCAAUAUUUGGUGUGGCCAUCAUUUGCCUUUAAAACUGUUGUGCAGUUUUAAGAAAAUCGGCUGGUAGGUUGUUCCAAGAACCUUAGAGAACUCGCCACAAUUUUUUUUUUGCAGACUUUUGCUGUCUCUCUUGCUUCUUUCUCUCCAGGUAAUCCCAGAUGGCCUCGAUGUUGACAUCAGGGCUCUGGGAGGCCAUACCAUCUGGUGCGGAACUCCUUGUUCUUUGUUUCGCUGAAGAUAGUUCUUUUAAGACCUUGGCCACGUGUAUGGGGCAGAAUGAAGUUGGGACAGAUCAGACACCUCCCUGACAGUUUGCAUUAUGGAUGAGAAUCUGCUUGUACUUCUCACACUGAGGAUUCCAUUAAUUCUGACCAGACCAACUCCAUUUGCAGAAAUGCAGCCCCAACCCUGCAGGGAACCUCCAACGUGUUUCACUGUUGGCUGCAGACACUCAUCCAUGUCAUGUUUUGCAACUCUUCUACAGAUAAAACUGCGUUCUGUUUGAGCCAAAAAUUUCAAAUUUUGACUUGUCCAUCCAGAGUACUUGCUGCCAUUGUUCAGCACCCUCGUCCUUGUGUUUUUUAUGCAUAUGUGAGUCACCUGGCUUUGUUUCCACUUUGGAGGAAUGGCUUUUUGGCACCAAUUCUCCCAUGAAGACCACGUCUGCCAAGACUACUCCAACUGUAGAGGCGUGCACUUGCAUUCCAGUGGUUUCUGAGAGUUCAGAGCUGAUGCAGUGCUGGACUUCUGAUUUAGAAGGGAUGUCUGUUUGAUGUAUCUCUCACCUGCUGCACUCAGUUUCCAUGGGUCAACCACUGCAUUUCUGGUCCUCACCCUUGCCUGUUUCUCUGUGCUGCUUCAGAAUCUCUUGGACAGUACUUCUUGAAAUUCCUGUCUACUGUGAAAUUUCUGCUUGGGAGAGACUCUGCUGAUGCAGGAUGACCACCUUGUGUCUUGCUAUGUUCACGCUUGCCAUGGUGUUAGAAUUGAUUAUUUAAAGGUUAAAUUGUCACAUUUGCUACACCCUCAUCUUUUAGUUUGGUUGUCCUUCACCCAGUUUGAUUGCUUCUACUUUUGUGCUAAUUGUGGCUUGCAGCUAUCAGGGAAGUGCAUUAUCACCACCUACUGUUAUGGAGUAUGACAGGGAUCAGAUCCUGCCACCUGAACUUGUUUUAAUUUUAAAAAGUUCACCAGAACCCUACGUGACAGCUAUCCUUGCUUCAAGUGCCAGAAUAUCCUGCAACCUGGGCACCCCAGAUCUACCCAAUAAUGGCCUGAACAGCUUCCAAUGUUCUAAUGAAUAUCUGUGGCACACCAUAAUCACACGUUCCACUGUCUUUGGUCGCACCACUCAUUGCCAUGUUUACCAACCAGUGCCAAAGUGGAGUAUAAAUCCCCUGAUGUCCAAACCUCAGUCUUGCCAACCACACAUCUUCCUGCCUAUCCCUUCCCUAAAGGAAUAAUGCAAACAUAUUGUAAUACCACCUCCCUGUACCACUCCUAUCCCAGAAUUUCUGCCAUGUCCUGAUCUCAGCCAACCUAAUACAAGAUUUGGCUUCAUACUUUCCCAUAUAAACUAUAAUAUCCACCUUGGACUUGGUAAGUGCCUAAUUUACUAUAAACAUCUGCCCUUUCAUUAACAGAUGCACCCAAAUGUGCUGGUACCCAACAAAACUGCACAACUAUUCCCACACUCUCCAGAACAUAUAGAUUAUAAUACUUCCAUCAACAGAUCAGGUCUCCCUGAAUGCUUCGAUUCCAAACUCUGCUGUACCAAUGCAGAGUCUGGGCAGAUGGCUACCCUGUGUGACUUACCUUGAUAGACCCAUUGCAGACUAAUGAUGAUGGCCGUAAAUUCUGCUGUAUGGACAGACAGUCCAUCUCUCAGCCUUUUCCCCACCUCAACAAUAACCAGAAGAUAAAUCUCCCAGAAUCCACCCGAUUACUAACGGGGUCUUUAAAACCAUUCAUAAAGAUAGGCAAAAAGGAAAAGUACUCUGCUGUAGAUGACCAGACACCCUCUCACCACCCACAAGGCUCUGUCUAUCCUCCAGUAAUGUCAAAUCUAUUCCUACAUCUGGAAAUAUCGACGGUGAAACUCCUGGCUAGGCCACCUUUGGGCCAAUCCACAAAUUCCCAAGACCAUACUCCCGCACAUAUUCCCUAAUUUUCUGCCCAAAACAUUUACCAAUGUAUAUUCCCAACAAUCUGUUAAAACAGAAUACUUCAAAUGGGAUACACCCCUGCCCCUUCACUAAGGAAGUUCAGUUUUUCUUGCCACCGAUCAAAGCAUCUCACCUCGUUCAACCCCAAUGCAUCCCUCGGUGUAGUUAGGAAUACUGCAUUUCAGAUUCUGUUCCGCCGUGUAGAGCGUCCAACCAGUGUAAAACUGAACGAACAGCCUCCCCAUAAAUCAUACAACCAUAAUCCAGACAGGGUGUACCAAAGCAUGAUAAAUUGUCAAUAGAAGCACCUUGGUCAUACCCAGCCACACAGCACAUAAUUAAUGACCGGCUCACAUUCAUCCUCCAAAAACAGUGUUUUGUUCUCCAAGUAAGUCUCACAUCCCCAAAUAUUUAAUCCCAGAGAGUGAACACCCAUACAGAGUAAGGUGAAUAUAAUUCACACUGUUUCUGAGGCCUCCUCUGUGUUGGUUUACAGGAAGGGGUUCAGGUAGCAGUAGCCAACUUUCUUUAACAGUUGACUCUUCUCUCCUCAACUGAUCGAUGUGUUGUCUCCUUUAUCAGAUAUCAGAUGCGAUCUCCGGUGUGUAGGAGAAUGGUUUAGUUCUGUCCUUAAUCUUGCCCAGUGCCCACUUUUGAUCACCUCCAUAGCCCCUCACCAGGACUGCUUGUCCAGGAAUGAAACAUCAAACCUUCUUGUUUGAGGAGCCUUUAAUUUGUCUCAGCUGUUUGUCCUGCAUCCUCCUGAGAAGAUCCAAGCGUGAACACAAGGGACGACCCAGGAACAGCGUGGCUGGUGAGUUGUUGGUUGUCGAGUGUGUUGUAUUAUGAUAUGCAAGGAGGAAAUUGGCAAGCUUCUGAUUCAGUGUCGUGUAUUCUGCUGAUGUUGCUUACAGUGUGUUCUUUAGACUCUGGACAAACUUUUCCGCCAAAUCAUUUGUAGCUAGGCUGAUGAUAUCACAGAUGGUAUAGGGAAUCUGGAUGUGGCAUUUUCAUUUAACACUUUUUCUCUCGAUAUUUUUGUUUUCCCGAUGCCAUCCUUGAGCCUUGCUGUGGUGUCAUCCUGUAUCUUAAUUCGCUGCAUAUGGCUUCAUUGCAGGGGAUGUGGCAUGCAAAUUGUGGAUGGAUCUCCAAUCAAAUUGUAGUAGUCUCAGCCAAUCAUGCCCUCACAUGCUGGUCCUUCUGUUUUUACCACACGCAAGCUCAAUGUGCCUUGUUGGUUGUUGUAUUUCACUGUUAUGAAUGUCAUCCCCACAGGAGUUAUCUUUUCUCCAAUACAGGUUCUUAGCUGAAUAUCUGCAGGCUUCAGUUUGGUAUCUUUGAAAUGCCAUUCAAACUCAUUUUGUGGAACGACUGAAAUAGCUGAACCAGUGUCCAAUUCAAUUUUAAUCAAUUUGCUGUUCACUUCUGGUGUAAGCUGUGUUGCUUGUCUAGUGUUAGUUUUCACUUUUUCAAAUCUCAAGGCUACACAGUCCUGUGUCACUCUCAUCAUAGUUUUCAUCAACAGCAUGUAGAUUAGUGCUCUUUUUGAAACUGCAGCUUGACUUUUUGUCUUCCCUUUGCAGUCGGUUUACUUUGCCUGCCCAACAUACUCUCUGUAUGUUUCCUUCUUUGUUACAUUUUCUGCAAGUUUUGCCUUCAAGUCUUUACUUGUUUGGUCUAUGUGAGUCCGGCCACAACAGUGACACAGUUUGUUCAUCCGGGCUGAUUGCUGUUUAGACGCUACAACUUUGUUCACACUUUCAUUCCUGUCUGCAAUUCAAUUGUAUCUGUCUGUGACUUCCAUUGAAACAGCAAUUUCAACUGUUCUUUUCAAUGUAAGUUGUGCUUCAAUCAGGAGUCAUUUUUGAAUGCUUUGUCAGAUUCCACAAAGUAUAUGAUCUCUUAUUGCAUCGGUAAGACUAUUGUUGAACUGACAAUGCUCAGGCAACUUCAAUUCAGUCACAUGUACUGAAAUGGACUAACUUUAUUUUUGAUCCUGCUUGUGAAACCUAAAGCAUUCUGCAGUCAACAAUGGUUUAUGUUCUGAAUGUUCCUGCAGUACUUUCACAUCAUCAACAAAGCUUGUUUCAAUAGGUUUUACAAAGUAAUAGGUAUAUUUAAUGUCAGAGAAAUGUAUACAAUAUACACCCUGAAAUUCUUUUUCUUCACAACCAUCCACGAAAAUAGAGGAGUGCCCCAAAGAAUAAAUGACAGUUAAAAUGCUAGAACCCCAAAGUCCCCCCAUGCAAAAGCAGCAGCAAGGCAACGACCCAACCCCACCAGCAAAAAAAGCAUCAGCACCCUCCACCAACCACUCAAGCGUGCAGCAAAGCAUCAGUAAAGACACAGACUUGCAGUACCCCAUAAACUACUAAUUCACCCGGUAAUUUGACAUACCACAGGCUCUCUCCCUCCCUAAUAAGGGAGAAAGAGCUGUCUCUGUUUCACAGUGAGAGGAGAGACAUAACAGACAACUGGCCGAUUUACGAUGCUAAAAGUCUGUUGCGUUGCUUUUUCUGAGCUCUGUGCCUAGAGAGUCGGCAUCAGAAAGACUCAAGCUGUCCAGGAACACAACCCCAGCAGCUAACCCACUGCUCCUGAUGUUCUGUGUUCUCCUGUGAUGCUUCAGUCAGGGGCACCGGCCGAGAAUCAGCACGUCUCCAGAGCCAUUAAAUUCUGGAACCCUGAAGGCAUGAUCAUCAUCCAGGCCGUGUCCUUGGGAUAUCAAACAACGGCCAGUCGUGAGGCCCUGAGAACAGAUCCCAUUCCCGCAAAAGAAAAAGUCAGUAUAACUCCAGGUCAGGGUCUUCAAAAGAACCUUGAAAAGGAAAAAAAAGACAUCAAAUUGUAGUAGUCUCAGCCAAUCACACCCUCACAAUGGGGAUUGUGCGGCAUUCCAACAGCCCGUGGGCCUCCCCACUCCAUAUGGUGCCCAAGUCCGCGGGAGGGUGGAGACCGUACGGUGACUAUCGGAGGCUGAACAACGCCACCACGUCCAAUCGCUAUCCGGUACCGCACAUCCAGGACCUGGUCCGAGGGUAUCAUCAGAUCCCAGUCCACCCGGAUGACGGCCCUCAUUACCCCCUUUGGCCUGUUUGAGUUCCUCAGGAUGCCGUUCGGGCUCAAAAACGCGGCGCAGACUUUCCAGCACUUGAUGAAUGCAAUAGGGCAAGGUCUGGUCUUUCUGCUCAUCUACCUGGAUGACAUACUUAUCGCCAGCCACUCCCGCCAGGAACAUCUAGCACAUCUACACCUGCUCUGCCGCCGUCUAAGUGAAUACGGCCUGGCUAUCAACCCCGCCAAGUGCCAGUUCGGCCUAUCCUCCAUCGACUUCUUGGGACACCGGAUCAAAUCCAUGAGCAGGCAGUGCGUGUGGAGGAAGUCCGCACCCAGCAAUGGCUGUGACACAGCGGUCAGCGUAAAUGUCCAUGUAAAGCGGCUGGAACUGAACUGCAAGGGGAUGGGUCUUGUGCCGUAGGUGCGGGUGGUGCUGCUGUUGGCUGCCGUAAGUUCCGGUCCUGCUCUUCUAGUUCAGGUAUCGUGGCUCGAGGGGGGUAGGACACUGAUUUCCGCCCCCAUGUCCACCAGAAAUCUUCGCCCGGAGAGCUUGUCCCAAACAUAGAGGAGGCUAUCACGGUGACCAGCCGCCGUAGCCAUCGGUGACGGCUGGUCCUGGCGUUUCCCUGGAAACGAGCAUGGCGGUCGGCAGCGGCGGGCCCUGGAACCCCACCUUUGAUGAUAAAAACACCAAGGCUCAGAGGUGGUGCCGUCCCUUGGUGUGGGUGUUACGUGCUCCGCUGCUGGGGUGUGGGAGGGCUGGACUUUCGGCCAUGCCGCAGCACUAAUUCCGAUGGUGGUUCCGCCCAUUUGUUUGGCAUGCCAAAGCACGUCCGCGCAAGCAGCUUCCCCACACGGGUCUCUGAAGUCUUCAUCUGCUAGCAGGAGGCGGAUAUCUUCUGGCAUUUGCUCCAAGAAGAUCUGUUCAAACAGCAGGCAAGGCUUAUGGCCGUCUACCAGUGCUAGCAUGUCGCUCAUCAGGACUGAUGGUGCGCAGUCACCCAGGCCGUCCAUAUGCAGUAACCACACGGCCCGUUCACAACAGGAGAGGCGAAAUGUGCGGAUUAACAGGGUCUUGAGUGCCUUGUACCUGUCUGCUGCCGGGGGCUGAUACAGAAAGUCGAUAACGCGACUCGCUGUCUCCUGGUCAAGGGCGCCCACCAUGUAGUAAUACUUGGUGGCGUCUGAGACAAUUUGCCUGACCUGGAACUGGGCCUCCACUUGCUCAAACCAGACCAGGGGUUGAGUGGUCCAGAAGGUUGACAUGUUUAAGGGAAACUGCAUUCUGCAGAACCGAAUUGUUUAUGUUGGCUCCAAAUGCCGUUGAACCGUCGGGGUCACCAAUGUCCUCACUGUGGAUGCCUCCAACAUGGCAACUGGCGGCGUGCUCAAGCAGCUCAUCGAAGGCCUGUAUCUUUCACUCAUAGCGUAUCAGUGCGACUACAAUGUGCAGAAUAAUUUUACCAGAAUAAGUGCCCACUAUUGUCCCUAAUCCUUCUACAGUCACUUCCUGGCCUGGAUUAUAAAAGUUCAUAAUUAUGAUUCCAACCUGUGGAUGUAGUAAUUUAAUAACUACGCAUUCUGUGUUCCCUGGAGAAGGCAGAAUUCUGUACAAUAAGCCCUCCUUCACAAAGGUGGCACAGUCUCCCCCCACAGCUAUAUGUCUAUCAUAGCUCACAGCCUCAUAACCUGGAAUCUUAAACAAUAAAUAUGAUCACAACUAAGUUUCUUGUACACAAAUAACAUUCAAGGGAACACCAAAAACCUAAAGCAUGUACUUUAAAUUCUUGUCCUUUGGCAAAGCCUUCUCACAUUCCAAUGAAGAACAGAUAGUUGAUCGAAGAAGGUCAAUGUGUAGCACCCUGUGUACAAUCGCCCUCCACCACCAGCCCAUUCCUUCAACCAUCAUUCCCCAAAUGUCUCUGAAGUACGUCAUGUACCUGUUCUGCAGUAAUUCCCACUGAACCCAAAUACCUUGAUGCUGCAUCCACCACUGUUCUGAAUCCAUCAUAUUUCUUUCCCACCUGUAUUGUUCCAUUAACCAUUGCACGUAGAAAUGCAAUAUCUAAUUUUUAAGAGUCAAUGUCUCACUAGAUGCUCACCUCCCACACUCUACGUGUGCAGCCUUCCUCCAUCUCUAGUCCUGUGUCUGUUUUAAGCUGAUACCCAUCAGAUGUCGAGGAAUCAAAUCUUGCAGCUUCAGCAUACGAAAUAGGUGCUAUCAUCACCUUCUGAAUUUCCUAAGCCUUUUGUAAUACAAGCCUACCUAAAGUUGCACUGAGCACCCACAGUUGCGGCAUCUUGCCUCUGCACCAACUUCACAAAUCCCAUACUCGUGUUCACUUCCGCAUUUUGCACACUGUAGUCCCACCCCCCCCCCAAUAAGAAGCAGUAACAUGUCCCACUCGUUUGCACUUAAAACGGUCACAUUAUAGGUGGUGCAAACCACCAAAACUUCCACCCCUCCUUGUUGCCCUCGUGGAUUUGCCUUGUACUCACAGACCCUUUAACUUUGCACCAUGGGUCCAACUCAGAAUCCUUGAUGGAGGAAGUCUUUCCAUCUUUCCCAGAUUUGAUUCCUUCUACACCCAUUUCUGCUUCAGUUAAUCAAUUUAGUUCAUUUAACUCUAUGCCAUUGAUUAUUAGUAUCCUGUUAUUUAUCAUUUUUAAUAAUGCAUUGAGCAUGUUUCUUGAGUAUACUCUGAUGCUGAUCCAUAUACCAUGCUCCCAUAGUCCAGUAUUAAUCUUAUUUAACAUAUUUUAAAUAAUUAAGCAUAGUAUGCCCAAUUCCAAGUUGUGUCAAAAUAGUUCCUUCCCUUGUUUAACCCCUUCUCUCAUAAACGAAACAGUUUUAUGUAUUCUCUAUAGGUAUCUCUUACUCUCCCACAAGUUUUGCCAUUAGCCCCCAAUUCUUAACCCUACCAACCCCAUAGCUUCUGAUUGGCUAAGUGAAAGGUCUAUAUCCACUGUUGAACCUUUAAGUUUUCUUAGCUAAACAGUCAACCUCCCUAUUCCUAUUGGCACCUCUAUGUGCUGGGACUCAUAAAAAGCAAACAUAUAAACCAGUACUUUGAGUACAAAAUAAUGUUUGAGCUUCCAACAGUAAGAUCUACCCAUACUAUCCUUUAACAGUCACAUACUUAAAGAUACUGGUUGCAACAUUUCAACAGAAGACUCACCGUCUUCCUUAGGCACAAGUUAGUCAAAUGACAAGUCCCCCUAGAGAGGCCUCCUUAUAUAUCCUCAUGAGUGAGCAGAAAAAUGAGUGGGGCUUAAUGCUUGAUCCUGACUGGCUGGAUCUGACUCACCUAUUGGUUACUCCGAAUUGGCCUUGUUCUGAUUUGUCUUUUUUGUUUUUGCUUUUUAGGCCAAAACCCUCUUUAGGAAUAUGUGGUCCCAGACUGGAGGUAUCGCGACACUCUUAGAACCUACAUUUAGGUCCCCCACAUGCUCCAUCUCUAGUGAUUCCCUAAUCUUACUCUUGUAGGCAUUCUCUUCCUUGCCAAGGAUGUUGGCCUCAUCAAACCUUGGUCUACAUGAGCAUGAUAGGCAGUGACUCCUCUUCGGUCUGCUCUCGAGGUUAUUAAGGCACUCUUAUGUUCUGCUAUCCUGGUCUUUACUGGCCUUUCAGGCUCACCAAUAUAUACUUUUUGGCACGGUGAUAGAGGUAUGGCGUACACACCUUCCUUGCACAGUUCUUUAGGUCUUCUAGGUGCCACUUUGCCUUGCUUUUUUUCUAAUUGUGUCUGUACUUUUUGUUAUUAACUGGACACCAUAUUUUUGGAAAAUUCAUCUUAGCUUUUCAGUUCGGCUGCUACUGCUUGGCACAAUAAUGGUUCUAUCUGGAGGUUGCCUUUGUUGUGUUUUACUCUAUUCCUUUCUCAAUUAUGUGCAUAAUGUAGCCAUUUUUCUUGAAUGCUUCCAACACUAACCUACUGCUAGAGUAGCCUGUUUUAAGACUCAUCAAAACUAAAAAGAAAUCUGAACAAAUUAUAAUUUUAUGUAGAUGGAUUUCCUCUACCUACCGUAAGCCUAAAAUGAUGGCGACCAAUCUUGCUGUAUAUAAUUGGAUAAAUGGCUAGUAAGUCAUUUCUUUAUCGGUACCUGUAAUUCAGACACAAAAACAGCCACACUAACAUUUCCAGUUAAAUGAUCUUUUGAUCCAUCUGUAAGAAUAGUUAACAUGCCAUUAUAAUUUUCCUUUAUAUAUUGAUGAACCAACACACACACACACAGGCACACACACACAGGCACACACACACAGGCACACAUGCACACACACGCACACACACACAGGCACACACGCACACACACGCACACACACACACACACACACAGGCAUAACAGAAUCCUUAGACUUUAUUAAAUUGUGUAACCUAAGAUCAACUAAAGUCAUUGGGGGGGAAAAAACCAAAGUGGUGUUACCGAGACGACUACAGUAAGACAUAUUGCAUAAGCCAACAAACCCAUAUUCCUAGCAAGGUAAGAACCCAGCCACCCAAAAUUAUAAACACUUUUCUUGUAAUCUUCCCAACAGUCCUCCAACGCACCCCUAAUAGGAUGCUUAUUUCGUUGGCCCCUCAACUUAAUCCAAUAUGUUGACAUCAUCUUCAGUCUCCGCAAUUGUAAGGGUAAUUGUCCCAUUUCAACCGGUAAAGCCAAAACAGAGGGCAACCUUAUUGCACCACAACACAAUUUUAAGGACUGUGCUUGUAUCACUUGCAAACACUACAAAGUUGAUGAAGCUGACCAAUAAGCCACACAGCCAUAAUCAAGAACAGAUCUAAUUAAACAAACGUAAAUGGUGGACAAAGAUUUUUUUUGUAGCACCCCAGAAUACCCACGUAGACACCUGAGAAUAUUUAAUGGUCCUUUAUAUUUAUCAAUUGUUUUACUGAUAUUGUGCUUCCAUGUCAGCUAGUUGUCCAUCCAUCUCGUCUCGUCUGAACCCUUCGUGCCUAGGUGGCACUUGGGGCCUCCACAAGGGUCUUCCAUUUCUGCCAGUCGUUUGCUCUGCUGCUCGCCGUUAUCCAGUUAGUGCCUACUUCUUUCAGUUCUGCUUCCACAGAUCUUCUCCACAUUAUUUUGGGCCUGCCCCUACUUCGCUUUCUCUGUGGGGUCCACCUUAGUGCUACUUUUGCUAGUUGAUCGUUUAGCAUUCUCAUUACAUGGCCCAGCCGUCUCCAUCAUCUUUUCACACAAGCUGAGAUUGAUUCCAUAUUGCAAGAUGUAAGCAAAUCUUGGUUUCUGAUUUUCUUAGGCCAGAAGAUUAUCUUGACAAGUCAUAGACAUUUUGUCUGGAACGUGUCGAGUUUCUUGCAGAUGUCUUUUGUCAUCUUCCAACAUUCUCUUCCAUAAAGUAGCACGCUUCGGACAUUGCUUUUAAAAAUUCUGAUUUUGGUGUUAAGUUUGAGUUGUGUGGAUUUCCAAACUGCAUUGAGGCUGCCAAAAGCUUGAUUUGCUUUAGAUAGUCUUGCUAAUACAUCCUUACCACUAUCUUUAUCAGUGCUGACUUUACUCCCAAGGUAUGUGAACUCA